UUAGCGACUUAUUGCGAGACUGUGGCGGGCAUUCUGACACUGGGGGGAACUGACUUGGUGUCACUGACAUCCCCAGGGACACCAAUACUGUAAUUAGUGCUAAUAAAAAGCACUGACACUGUACUAAUGGCACUGGGCAGGAAGAGGUUAACAUGUGGGGCGAUCAAAGGGUUAACUGUGUGCUGUUUUACAUACGGGGCUAUGUUUGUGUUUCACUGUAAGCACACUGCUUUGUAUGGCUGUGCUAUGCACAGCCAUGCAAAGCAGUGUGCAGGAGCUGAUUGGAGAGAACUGUUUUGUUUACUACAGUUCUUCCCCCACCCUAGAUGCUCGGUAGUCACCGGGCGCCGGUGGGUAAUU